UUUGGUGCAGUUUGAAACAUUUGUCGGCGAAAAUCAGCUGCAGGGGCGCAGCUGGCAUACAGUUUUCAGCUACCAGUUCCACACCAGAGCCGCAGUUUUGUUGAGGCUGAACGCCCGGCCAUCUGCGCCGACGUCAGAAAGAAGCAGAGGCAGCGGCAGCGGCAGUGGCAGCGGCAGAGACAGCAUCGACAGCAGCAUCGCCUGUAUCUUCCUUGGAGACUUGUAAACGCUUUUUAGCACACAUUUUUAGCACACACACACACACAGCAACGGAAAAUAUAUUCCACGCUCUUCUUCGUGUCGCGUUUGCUCGGAACUGCGUCAGAGCCCGACCAGAGAUUUCGCACAGAGAAAAGCAGCACCAAAAAAAGGUAAACAAAAACCUGUGUGCGCGUGUCUCUGUGUGUGUGUGUGCAUCAAUAUCAUCAAGCGUAAAACACCGGCCGCCGCCGCCGCCGCCACCGCCGUCAAGGCCUUUUGCUACGAAAGCAGCGAAAGCAUCGGCCGUGUGACGUCAUGGCACGCUACACACGCCCACCAUUCGCCCCCCUGCUCUCGGCCAUGUGGCAGCACUGCAAGCUGCUCUGCCUGCUGAUAGUCUUCCUGCUGCUCUGCGAAACCGUGCAGGCCAAUCCGGAUGCCAAGCGGCUCUACGAUGAUCUGCUGAGCAACUACAAUCGCCUGAUACGACCCGUCAGCAACAACACGGACACGGUGCUGGUCAAGCUCGGGCUGCGAUUGUCGCAGCUCAUCGAUUUGAAUCUAAAAGAUCAAAUUCUAACGACCAAUGUCUGGUUGGAGCAUGAAUGGCAGGAUCAUAAAUUCAAAUGGGAUCCCUCGGAAUAUGGCGGCGUUACGGAGCUCUAUGUGCCCUCCGAGCAUAUCUGGCUGCCCGACAUUGUGCUCUACAAUAACGCCGAUGGUGAGUAUGUGGUUACCACCAUGACCAAGGCCAUACUCCAUUAUACGGGCAAAGUGGUGUGGACACCGCCUGCCAUCUUCAAAUCCAGCUGCGAGAUUGAUGUGCGCUACUUUCCGUUCGAUCAGCAAACGUGCUUUAUGAAAUUCGGCUCAUGGACCUAUGAUGGUGAUCAGAUCGACUUAAAGCACAUCAGCCAGAAGAACGACAAGGAUAACAAGGUGGAAAUUGGCAUUGAUUUGCGCGAAUAUUAUCCCAGUGUUGAGUGGGACAUAUUGGCUGUGCCCGCGGAGCGUCACGAGAAAUUCUAUCCCUGCUGCAACGAACCGUAUCCGGAUAUUUUCUUCAACAUUACUCUGCGCCGCAAGACUCUGUUCUACACGGUCAACCUGAUUAUUCCCUGUGUGGGCAUCUCGUACCUGUCGGUGCUCGUGUUCUAUUUGCCCGCGGACUCGGGCGAAAAGAUUGCGCUGUGCAUCAGCAUUCUGCUGUCGCAGACCAUGUUCUUCCUGCUCAUAUCCGAGAUUAUACCCUCCACGUCGCUGGCACUGCCACUGCUGGGCAAGUAUCUGCUGUUCACCAUGCUGCUGGUGGGGCUGAGCGUUGUCAUUACCAUCAUCAUCCUGAACAUACACUACCGCAAGCCGAGCACCCACAAGAUGCGGCCAUGGAUACGCUCGUUCUUCAUUACGCGGCUGCCCAAGCUGCUGCUGAUGCGUGUGCCCAAGGACUUGCUGCGUGAUCUGGCCGCUAAUAAGAUCAAUUACGGCCUGAAGUUCAGCAAGUCCAAGUUCGGUCAGGCGCUGAUGGAUGAGAUGCAAAUGAAUUCGGGCGGCUCCAGUCCGGACUCGCUGCGCCGCAUGCAGGGACGUGUCGGUGUGGGUGGCUGCAAUGGGAUGCAUGUGACCACAGCCACCAACAGAUUCAGCGGCCUGGUGGGCGCUUUGGGUGGCGGCCUCAGCACAUUGAGCGGCUACAACGGCCUGCCAUCGGUGUUGUCCGGCCUGGAUGAUUCUUUGAGCGAUGUGGCGGCACGCAAAAAAUAUCCUUUCGAGCUGGAGAAGGCCAUACACAACGUCAUGUUCAUACAGCAUCACAUGCAGCGGCAGGAUGAGUUCAAUGCGGAGGAUCAAGACUGGGGCUUUGUGGCCAUGGUCAUGGAUCGUUUGUUUCUGUGGCUCUUCAUGAUCGCCUCACUGGUGGGCACAUUUGUGAUCCUGGGCGAGGCACCCUCGCUGUACGAUGACACCAAGGCCAUUGAUGUCCAGCUGUCGGAUGUUGCCAAGCAAAUUUACAAUCUAACCGAAAAGAAGAAUUAAAUUCAUGCAGAAAUAAAUCCCAAGAACCUAAACCAUAAGAUUAUUUCUCGUAGCUUUAUGUUUUCGAAUUAAAAAUUAAA